AUGAACAUUGCAACCGCAUUCCCGCAUCCCCAGCUUCCCUCGCUACCAUCCUUCUCGCUACCAACCGGAGGACUAGGCUCUGGUCUAGGCUCAGGUCUUGGUGGAGGAUUGAGUCUACCAACCAACCUUCCAUCCCUCGGAGGUGGAGGUGGUCUCCCAUCCCUCGGAGGUGGAGGUGGCCUCCCAUCACUCGGAGGUGGCCUCCCAUCACUCGGAGGUGGCCUCCCAUCACUUGGAGGUGGAGGUGGAGGCUUCUCCCUCCCCACCAACCUCCCUUCUCUCGGAGGUGGCCUCCCAUCACUUGGAGGUGGAGGAGGAGGCUUCUCCCUCCCAACCAACCUACCCAGCCUGGGUGGAGGCAGCACCGGUACAGGCGGCUCAGGCCUGAGCAGCUGGCUCAGCGGCCUAGGCGGAGGCCUCGGCGGCGGCCUUGGAGGACUCGGUGGUGGCGCCGCGGGUGGUGGUGCUACGACGACAGCCGACGCCGUUGUGCCCUCACCCUCAAAGACUGGUGCUGCUGCAGCACCCUCAGCGACUAGCGGAGGCAACACUGGCGGUGCCGGCACGAUCGGCGCAAACUGCCAAGCUCAGUCUGGAUCUUCCAACGCUUUCGGAGGAAGCGAGAACGGCAUCGUAGAUAAGAACUGCUGCACCGACAUGACCAUCGUCUUCGCUCGUGGUACGGGAGAGAUGGGCAACGUCGGAAGCGUCUCUGGACCGCCCAUGUUCAAGGCUAUCCGCGAGAAGCUGGGCAACGACCGUGUUACCGUCCAGGGUGUUGACUACGCUGCUUCCGCUGCUGGUAAUGCCAACCUCGGUGGUGACGGUGGCCAGAAGAUGGCCGACCUGGUCAAGCAAGCCAAGUCUCAAUGCCCUGACACCAAGGUCAUUGUGUCGGGUUACUCUCAAGGUGCCAUGGUCGUGCACAAUGCUUUCAGCAAGGGUCUUUCUGCCACGGAUGUUAGCGGUGCUGUCAUGUUCGGAGACCCAUUGAAGCGCCAGGCCAUCAGCGGUCUUUCAGCUGACCAGAUCAAGCAAUUCUGCGGUACUGCUGAUCAGAUCUGCGGUGGCGGUGGCGAUGGUGGUGCGACUGGAAGCCAUCUUAGCUACGGCAGCAGCGCGGAUGCGGCGGCUUCUUUCGCUAUCCAGGCCGCUGGCCUUGCUUAG